UGUCGAAAUAAUUAUUUAAAUUCUGUUUCUAGGGAAGCUUUUAAUUUUCAUUUCGAUUUGUUUAUCAUUAUUUUUUGGACGAUAACAUAAAAUGCAAUAUGGCUGAACCGGUUAAUGAAGGACCACCAGAAGAUGGAUUUCAGUCACCUCAAGAUCUCUGUGAAAGACUGGAGUCAGUAGAACUAAACGAGGAUGAGACAGAGAGUUUAUUGCAGGAGGCACUAGCCCUCAACCAGAGAUUAAAAGCUGAACUCCAAAGAAGAGAGAACAAUGACCCACAAGACGAUGACAACGUCAAUGGCUCAAGAGGAGCACCUGGUCAGGAUAUCUCAUCACCAGAUAAACACUUAAAGAACUCUUCAGCUAGACAUAGGAGACCAGGACAGAAAAGCAAUCCACUACCACCGAUAUCACCAAGUAAAGGUCACGCCAAAGGGUCAGGGUAUCAUAGGAAAGGAGGCCCUCUACGGUCCAAAGGCCAGCCCCCGGCUCCCCAUGCUACUGUGGGCAGGAUAGUCAACAGUGCAGGGAGUGUUGAAAGUUCUCAGCGAAGAUCCAAGUCAGCCAAGAAGGAAGUGGAAGGGAGACCAACCCGCUCAGCUGAACAGAGGAAGAAAAAGCCAGAGUGGGAUGAGAGAUUCUCAUACCAGUAGCAGCCAGCAGCUUCUAUAAUACCAACAUCUGCCAGAACAUUCCAAGGGUACCACGACACAUACUCAGGGGACUAUUCUUCUCCAUGCAGUCAAUACUUAACACCGGGGGCCAGUUUCUCGAAACCGUCAUAAGUCUAAGUUUGUAGACAUCCCAUAGAUAUGCAUGUUAUAAGAGAUGAAAAGGGGCACUUAUGAGAAUGAAAAGGAACUAUUUUCAUAGGUAAAAAGAGGCAUUUAUGAGCAGGGGAAGGGUCAAUGGGAAGUCCAAGAAGUUAGACUUAUGAUGGUUUCAAGAGACGGCUCCCACUCCCCAGGGCUCAACACUCACAGUUGCCCUGGACACACGGGUGCCAAAAAUCUAAGUCUGGACACCCAAAAUGUUGAAUUGGGCUCACGCGUAUAGACUCUAAAAAUUUCAGUCUGGACCACCUUAAAAAAAGGUAUUGUAGAGCCCUGCCUAAUACUUACCAAAUUUCUAACUACAACCUAGCUGGACCUAACAUUAUACCCAACCCUAAACCUAAUCUAAAAUCCACCUGCCAUCAGAACCCUAACACUUAUUUUUCGAUGGCAUAUAGCUUGAGAUAUUGUUCCAAGAGCCAGUUUUGCAUCUCCAGUUCAAGAUCUGGUGAAGUGUAUUAUGUAGGAGAGUGAUGAUAUCUGAUCCAUCACCUUCAGCCUUGCCAUGGAACACUGUGAUGUUUUACAGAUAUGAAAAGUGGUUCAAUGUGAAGAAUGGAGUAUUUGAGUGGCUUGUGUAAUAUCACAUUUUCAACGGAAUCUUAUUUCAAACAUUGUUGUCGGGAAGAGAGUAGUCUGCCAGUACAGACCUUUAACAAAAUUUAGCUGUAUCUCUUUUGUUUACAUAGACCACAAACAUUUGCUUAAUUACAUAGAUAUUGCUGGAUAUUUGGCAGGAAAUAAUAAGAGAUAAAAAAACCCCUCUUAAAUGUUGUGUAUUUUAUAUCUUUGUUUAAAUUGUAAUCCAAUAACAACAAUUCUUUUUUAAUAGUUUGUUUCAUAAAGCAGAAUGAUAUUGAAAGGGUACUUUGUUUCAGCCAUAAUUUAUUGAAAUAAUGUUGUUAUCAUCAUUACAUGGUUCGAUAGUAGGCUCCAAUGUUUGAUGCUGCCAUUAUAUAGUGUGUUCUUUGUUGUGAAUAUUAUGUUUUUUUAUAUGUUUGUUUGUGUAUUGUGCAAUGUAUUUGAAGUAUAUCUCUCAACCAGUUACAGAAGUAAGGUUCAUAUCUGGAUUAGUGGAUGCCUGGAUGGUAUAAUUGUUGUGAUUUAUAUAUACAUGUGUUUUGUUUGAGGUUUCGACUAUGAAAGAUGACUGAUCUGAUGCAUUUUCUGUGCGUUAGGAGAAAGCCAAGUAAUAUAAAUUUGAUACUUACUGUAGCAUGUUUUCAUAUCUUUAUAAAUAUAUUUUGUUUAUGAACUUUAAAAAGAAAUGAUGCAUUAAUGCUUGGGGACAAAGUUGCUGCAUAUACAUCUACAGUACAUGAGGGAAUGCAACUUAAAUGUUAACUCCAGGAAGCUCCGACGCCGACGCCCGUCGGAGCUUCCUGGAGUUACUUAAAUGCAUUUAUGGUAUAUAUAUUUGUAUUGUUUGAGCAUAUGUCUCCUAAUAUGCAAUCUUUAGAGCAAUAAUAUCAUAGACUAUGCAACGUUUUAAAUUUGUAAUAUUAUAAUAAUUUGUGAUAUGUUGAAUGUUUGCAAAAUAUUUCCAAUAAAUUUCUAGUAAUAUUUGAGUUACAAUGCAGUACUAAAUGGUAGUUCAAUUAAUGCAUAAUUGAAAUGUAAUUUGAAAAAAUACAAAAACAAAGAAGAAUACCAUUCAUUUCACUAUUUCUAUAGUGAUUAUUCAUUUCGAUUUGAAAUUAUUAAUAUGGUGUAGAUUAGAAAUCUUUUUAUUUUUUUGCUUCUCCUGUGAUAAGUCAGGGUUUAUUAGAAGUAGAGCAUACCCUCUCAAUGACAAGUCCAGUUGACAAAUAUAGCCAAAAAUGUGCUUGUUAUCCAAAUUACGAAGCUUGUUUGUUAGAGAAAAAAGUGCAGUUCUUGUGAAACACGAUGCUGAAUGUGUUGCACUAUAGACGUGGAUCUGCUAGGCUACUUGUGCAUGUAAGUCACUUAUAUUAUAGCAUUAUUAAGAGCUCAUGCAGUGUCUGUUUUUAAAGUUGGUAAAAUUUAAAGCUGAUACUUUGAGUAGUUUGGUGUGUCUUUGAAUAUUUAUUUUUGUUUCCUCCUCAGCUCAUUGCUUAAUGACUUUGUUUUAGAAAAGAAAUCUUAAGUUAUUAAUCAUAAAGUGAUCUACAAGACUAAGUAGUAAUUACUUUUUGAGUCUCAACAAACAUUUAUGUUGGCUUUAUAGUCCAAUAAUGACUUGUUUGAGGACACCCCCACCCCUUCUUCCCCUAAAGGUAAAUAGUACCUACCUUUGGGGUGUGUACUUAUAUAAUAUGUUCUAAAUAGGUAAUUGCAAUGUAAGCUAAUUAUUAUUAGCAGUUACUUAAUUCUGUACACUAAUUAAUUUGGAAUUAAAUGUGCACAGAUUGAUGUAAUUCUGAACUAUUGAAAUUGAAAUGUAUCAUAGUAGGUUCCAAAAAUAUAAUUUAACUGAUGAUAUUUGUAAUACGCAUAAGAAUAUACAUCCAACACAUAUUUUUGCAAUCAAUAUCUUUGCAAAGAUUUCAGCAUUUUCAAUAUUCAUUGCAAAACCUGGGAAUAGUCUACUGAAUUAUUGUCAAGGAAUGGGCAAGAAAAAUAUUCAUAGGGUAAAAUUGUGUGUCUAGCUUUCAUUCAUAGUUGAAAAGUUCACACAACUUUGAGAAUGAAAUUGAUAGAUUUAUAUGGUAUGUAAAAAAAAAGCCUUUGACUAUGAGAAUUUUAUAUAAUAUAUGGACACAUUCCUCUUCUAGGUCAUGAUGCCAACCAUUCUGUAUUUUGAUGGAGAAUAAUUUAAUUAUUUACCUAUCUAUGCAUGAUUGCAAUAAACAGUAUGAAAUUUUGAGAAAAAUGAUGAUUGAUUAUGCCAAAUUGUGCAACAUCUAAUGAUAAUAUUUUGAUUCUUUCUUGUUUUCAAUGCUGAACAAUGCUUUUUAUUUGAAAGUGUGACUGAUAUUCUAAUGGUAUACCUUUGACCAUUUUUUGGUGUAUUCACUAAUAAAUUAUUUGUGUAAAAUAUA